UUAAUUCUUUAUUUUAUGGCCAUGUGGAAUGACAUGGCUGAAAUAUGUUGUAUGUAACAAAUAGAAUGACAUGUAAAAUAUAAGGGGUGAAUAUAGUGAAAUAUAAUAUUUAAAUGACAUGUAAAAUAUAAGUGAAUAUAAUGAAAUAUAAUAUUUAAAAUUGCCCACAUCUUAUUAAAGUGGAAAGUUGUAAAGUAUUCAUUGACUUACCAUGUAAUUGUUGCAGACAGUCCCGCAAUACUUCCUCAUCAUCAUAAGUAGGAGUGCUUGAUGGGUAUUUGGAUGCAUAAUUGAAUCAAGGUCUGAGCUGAAGGAGAAGCAUUAUGAGAAAUCAGAAGGACAUUAUACGUACUGCAGUGAAGAUUUGGUAGUAUAGAUGUAACUGACUGGGAACAAGGUGGAACCCAGUACAGAACUAAGUGUGAUAAAAAUUAUCUGACUAUGUUUCUAAAUAGCAGACAUACCCUGAAGAACAUGAAAAUCCUAGCUUUUAUUAAUAUUUAAAUUUACAUGAAAGACUCAAAUUAAAAUUUAUUUUAGUUUCUUCCAUGCAAUGUUUAUGGAUGGUCAAAUGUUAUGGAAACUGACAAUUAGAGAUUGUCAGUAUCAGAGACUGUAUCUGAUGUUUGUAAUUCUGCUGAUGGACAGUGUCCACUUGUGGAAUAAGAUAUGGCCACUUUUAAUUUUUGAAAAUUCUGAAAACAAUUGCAUUUCAUACUAUUCUGAUUAAGUAACAGUUAAGUUCAUAUUUGGGGCUACAGAGGGGAGAAAAUAUUUUAAAAUCUUGCUGUUGUCUGAGCCAUCAAUAGACACAUAGAGAUAAACUGCACCAAUAAGAAUGAAACAAAAAAAUCAGAACACAUACUUUCCAGCAGCCAGAUAAAUGGGGAUCAACACAAGACAAACAGGUGGAAAAUAAUAAACUAAUCAAGGAACUUCCGGGGAGAAAACCCUACCCCGAUUGACACUGGCAGGGCAAGCUGUGGUGUAUAAACAGGAAAGAAACCCCUUAUUCACAAGCAUUGACAUUGUUACCUAGUAAACAAGUUUAGAGAACACCAUGACUCCAUAGUUCAACCUGAGUUACUUAUAUUCUCUUCUACUAGAAAAGUGUUAUUAUGUUCCUGAUUAUGAUGGAUGUCUUCUCAGAGAAACGUGCAACACUUGAUUUAUACAGUAUACAGGUUUUUUUCAGACAUUCUGAAUGGUAAAGGCAUAUGGCAGUACAUUUAUAAAUUAAAAUGCAGUGGCAGUAUUAUAGUCAGUGAGGUUUAUCUGAUGCGUGAUUAUUACUUUGCUCAUAUAUCUUUACAUGAAAAAAAUGGCAGGUAUUCUCUGAUACAGCAUUGCCCUAUGUUAAUCUUUAUAUGGUAUUGGAUGAAAUUUCUAGAAUUCUCAGCCAAUUAUCCUAACAGCAUGUUAGCUCAGUGGUUAAGAUGCUGGGCUGGAAAGCCAGCAGCCCAGGUUCGAGAACUGAGUUCCAUAUGAUGGAGUGAGCUCCUGUUCUCACCCCAGCUCUUGCCAACCUAGCUGUUUGAAAGCAUACAAAUGCAACUAGAUAAAUAGGUAUCACUUUGGUGGGAAGGUAAUAACACUCUGUAUGUCAUGUUGGCCACACGACUGUGGAAACAGUCAACGCUGGCUGAAUAGCCUUGAAACGGAUAUUAGCAUUGCCCCCUAGAGUCAACAGUAACUGGUGGAGUAAUAUCCGCAGGGACUCCUUAACUUUUUAUCGUAAGAGCUAGGAAUUGGAGAAGGUUAUUCUGUGCUUCCCUUAUUAACAUGACUAUGAAAGAGUAAUUGUAAUAAAAUAUGUAUUCUGUGAGAUCCGGGAAACUAUUAAUUAUAAAAUAUUCUAAUUGUUUAUUACUAAAUAUGCAGGGCUUCAAAAGCAAACCCAGAAAGAAAGGCCACAUACAGCCUGACUUGAUAGAUGUUGAUUUAAUAAGAGGUUCCACAUUUGCCAAAGCUAAACCUGAAAUUCCUUGGACAUCACUUACAAGGAAGGGAAUUGUGCGAGUUAUAUUAUUCCCAUUUUUUAGUCAAUGGUGGAUACAUGUCACUUCUUGGCGUAUAUUUAUGUGGCUGUUAGUAUUGUACCUUUUACAAGAAAAAUGCGCAAAUUUGCAGGAGGUGAUGUCUAUACUUCCUCUGACAAAAUCAGCAGAAGCGAGGAGCCAUUGGAGUCCUCAUCCAGGAUCAGCAGCUUGUUUGAUUCAGUAUUGCGCCGAAGGAGCAGGGAAGGGGUGAAAAGGGGAAAACGGGUAGCAGAUAAGGGGUCUGAAACAGAGCAUAGCAGUGGUAUAAAACGCAGGAUUUCCAGAUCUGAACACAGUUUUCAACGUUCGAAGGAUUCUGAAAUGCAGUUAAAUGUAGAUAGAAAACAGACUAUUUCUAGACAGUCAGGCAUUUCUGAUGAAUUGUCAAGCGAGGAAGAAACAGAUAAUGCUGGUCAGGUAGUUUUGCUGCGCAGAAGCGUAGAAGGUGGCCCUAGUAUAAUUGUAACUGAAGAUCAGGGCAAAAAGUCUUCUCUUAUUUCUCCAUCUGCCUCAACAAAUCAGUCAGUGUCACAGGUCAAGGAAGUUGUGAAAUCUAUGCAAGAUUCGGACAGCUUAGUGGAAUCAGAACUUGAACUAACAAUUCCUCAAGAGGAGUCCAAAGCUCAGUAUAGUAGUGAAUCUCAAAGCGGUAGUAUUUCUCAUAGAGAUUCGGAGAGUACUCGUCACGACUCUGAGACAGAAGAUAUGUUAUGGGACGAUUUGCUUCAUGGACCUGAAUACCGAUCCUCUUUCACCAGUGACAGUGAGGAAGCAAAAGGAAAAGACAGAAAAGCAAGCAAACGAGAUCUGAAGGAUGAUGUUUUCCAGCAGAAUCACUUGUUCUGGCUGCAGAAUACAAGUCCUGCUUCUACCAAAGUGAGUGCACUCAUCUGGGAGGGGAAUGAGUGCAAGAAAGUAGACAUGUCUGUUCUGGAGAUCAGUGGAAUCAUCAUGAGCAGGGUCAAUGCUUUUCACCAAGGAUCUGGUUACCAAUGGCUGGGCAAUAUUGUUACCAUUGGUUUAGCUUUCCUUCCCUUCCUCUAUCGACUCUUCCAUUCAAAGACUUUUGAGCAAUUGUGGUCCUUGACUGCAAAAGAAGUUUUGCAUAUCUUUUGUGGGGGUCCUCUAUUCCCCCCUAUAAUCAUCCUUGCAAUGAUCAUCUUUCUGGAGCGCCUUUGCCUCACGUGGAUGUUUUUCUUCAUGAUGUGUGUUGCUGAGAGGACUUACAAGCAGCGUUUUCUGGUUGCUAAACUUUUUAGUCACAUUACCUCUGCUCGGAAAGCAAGAAAAUAUGAAAUCCCACAUUUCAGACUCAAGAAAGUAGAAAACAUUAAAAUCUGGUUAUCACUUCGUUCCUACUUAAAGAGGCGAGGCCCUCAACGAUCUGUUGAUGUAGUUGUAUCCUCCAUAUUCUUACUGGCUCUUUCAAUUGCUUUCAUAUGCUGUGCACAGGUUUUAAAAGGUCACAAGACAUUCUUGAGUGCUGCUUACAAUUGGGAGUUCCUAAUCUGGGAAACUGCCCUGCUCUUAUUCUUGUUGCGUUUGGCAUCCCUCGGCUCUGACACCAACAAGAAAUACAGUAAUAUUUCAAUUCUGCUUACUGAACAGAUAAAUUUGUACUUAAAGAUGGAAAAGAAACCAAACAAGAAAGAGCAACUCACACUAGUAAAUAACGUCCUUAAACUCUCCACCAAACUCUUGAAGGAGUUAGAUACACCAUUUAGACUAUAUGGAUUGACAGUGAAUCCCUUGAUCUAUAAUAUUACACGAGUGGUAAUCCUGUCGGCCGUCUCUGGAGUCAUAAGUGAUUUGCUGGGCUUCAAUAUCAGGUUAUGGAAAAUCAAACCGUGAGAGAGAAGAUGCUGCAACCCAUGUUUUGGGCAGAAACAUUCUCCGAUGUGCUACACAGGCUUGGCAAGGCCACUGAAGGUGCUUUUUCCUCACUUCAAUACAAAUGCCAUAUUUUCCAUACAUUUUCUUAAGAAUUCAGAAUUAAUUUUUCAUUGAGGUCACAGCUUGAAGAGAUGGUUAAAUAAAUCUUAAUAAAUAACAAUUCUAAUGUAUUCCAUCUUAGUUGGUUAAACCAGCUGCUCCUAUGGAGCAAAGCAAUAUGAAAUUAGAUGUCUGGCAACAAGGUUUAUUAAAAGAAUAAAAAAAUAAGCCAGCAUUAUUCUGCUCUGAAACUGCCUGUUAAACCCAUCUGUAACUAAAAUGAAUAUAGCUAUUUGAUACCUAAUAAUUUAAUAUGGUGUUUGUUUCUGUCAAGCUCACCUAUUUUCUGUAAGUUGCAGUUGACCUACUUUUUACAUUUCAAAAUGCCUCUGGUAGAAUGCCUUUUCUUGAAUGGCAGUUGGCUCUGCUUGUUUUGCUGUACUGGGAGAGGAGAAUGAAAUUUAUUCCAACAAAAUACGAAUAUCCUCUUCAGGCAUUUUACAGUUCAGCCUUCCAUUGCUCAGUAAUACAUAAUAGUAAUAACAGAAGAUGGCUAAGAGUAGAUUUGCCAUAUAUUUAAGAACGCUAUUAGAGUUCUCCAGUUAGUGAUCUCAAUUAUCCAUGAAAAAAUAAAAAUGUUGGUAUGGUAUCUAUGUUUUAUGCAAAGCAAUUGGAAACUUGUAUAAUAUUGUUAAAUGUUACCAGUUAGCACCACAAAAACUGAGUUGGUUCUGAAGAAAUUUUUACUGUAAACUUUUGUUUAAAAGAAGGUUUACAUACUUUCCCCGACUGGGUAACUGUUAGACUGCAAAUCAAUUUAUACAUAUAUAUUUUUUCUAUCUGUGUUAUGUUUCUAAGUUCUUAGAAUAAAGCAUUACUGGACCUGUAAAAGGAA